AUGCUCGUCAAGUCCCUAGCCCCCCUCGCCGCUCUCAGCAGCGUCGCCGCCGCCGCCGGCCCCGUCCGCGCAUCCAUCCCGACCAACGUCGACGGCGCCAAGUACAACAAGCCCGACGCCGGCCCUUCCGGCGCCUGGUUCGCCGGCGACGCCACGCUACCCGUCGCCAAGAUCGCCGCCGCCGCCGCCCGGAUGACCAAGACGCCCAGGGACGCCACCUACAUCCUCAGCAACGACAACCACAACAAGGCGACCAUCCACAGCGACUGGGCCAAGCUGUCCAAGGGCAACGAUGAUGGUCAAGAAGAUACCAACUUUGGAGCCCUGGCGGCCUACGAGGUGCCCUACGUCGUCAUCCCCGACAAGUUCCAGAGCGAGCAUCAGAACGAGCUCGCCGGCAACAACGUCGUCGCCGUCAUCUGGUGCGCAGGUCACCCUUCCCCCCCAGGCCGCCCGAGUUCCUCUACUAACACGAACGCGCUUCUCCGCAACCCCAGCAACGGAAAGCUAUACUACGGCGUCUUUGGCGACACCGACGGCGACACGCCGCAGGAGAUUGGCGAGGCUUCCUGGCUGAUGGCCAACACCUGCUUCCCCGGCCAGGGCCUCAACGGCGGCCAGGGCCACACCGACGCCGACGUCACCUACAUCUUCUUCACGGGCGACGACUCCGUCCUGCCGAGCAGCGCCAUCGGCAAAAACUACCUCACCAACUUCCAGGCCCUCAAGACCCAGGGCGACAGGCUGGUGAGGGACCUCGUCCCCAGCCUGAACCUGUAA